AUGACCAGGGAAAGAAGAAUCCAUCAGAUCGCCCAUAAAUUUCAAGUUCGGAGGGAAUUCCGGCAACAGCGACAACAGAAGUAUAUGAAAGACGAAGACGAAGCAGAAGACAUUGAGUUCGAGGACGACAUGUACGACCGGUCAAUUUGCUCAAUUAAGGCCGAUUCUCAUUGCUUUCAGCUUUCAGUUGUUCAUGGCAUCGCAACCCGGCGAUUCCGAGUUUCGGGCGUCUUUCGCUGGAAUGUCUCACAUCGGAGCAUCGGAGCUCUGUCAAGCUUCCUUGAGGAGGACGGUGCGAAUGAAGACGAAGCGAGAGAACAGGGUGCUGAGAGAGAUCGCGAUGAUGAGGACGAUGAAGAUCAUGACCGAGACGAAAAUCUCGAAGAACCGGAUGAGGGCUAG